AGCAAGUUGAUGCCGCGGACCGGUCGCGUGUUUGCCGCUCCGACCACGUUGCGUGUACACUCAAACAAUAUAAACUUUUCACGUAGUAUCCUUAUCGUAGUAUUAAAUCCCUAGUUAUUUAAAAACAGUGGUGUGUUAAUAUUCAAAAUGUGAUGAUAACAGAUCCAAUGUUUUAUUUUAACAAUUAAACCGCGUACGUACAUAUUGUACAAAUGAAGUGACUCAGAGUUGAAAUAAGGUGUUUUCUAAAGCAGUGAUUGAAAUUUAUGCAACACUUGGAAUGCGUAUGGUUCAGAUACGUUGAGGCGAGGUUUAAAAUAGAAGGGCAAUCAAGAGGUUGAUUUAAUUCCACCAAUUGGUAAUGGUGGAUCUCGACUGAAUACCUUAUAAUGGUACUACUGUAAAGGACUUCUGUAGUAAAGAUGAAGACUGUUGGAAGCAGAAAAAAUUACAAACUAUUGUUUGGAAUUAUCUUAAUAAUAUCGACCGUACCCGCAGACGCUCAAGAAACAUCUGGUCCUAUAAUUAAUGAAACAAAAAAAGAAAUUAUUCUACAAAGUGGUCAAAACUACACUUUAUCGUGCAAGGGACGUAGACCGGUAGAAUUUAAACAACAAAGUUUGGGAGAAGAGAGUUCUGGUGGAUCAUUUUUCCAAACGAUAUCCCGGAACACUACGGGCCACAGUCCAGACCUGCAGUACCCGUACCAAACUGAGCUCGAUUUGAUCGACGUCGAUCAAUAUGCUGUUGGUUACUAUGCAUGCUUUGAUAACGCGAUCAAUAGCAGUGAAAUAUUAAAUGAUAUUAUUGAGGAACCUAAUAAUACCGAACAUGUUUCCUAUAUUUACAUUUACGUUGAGGGCACGGAUUACAUGAUUGUGCCAAUGGGAGAAUGGGUUAUACCAAGUAGCAAAUCAAAAGUAGUAAUUGGAUGUAGACCCACAAGCCCUGAUGUAAAAUUUAAUUUGCUAGUGGAGUAUGCAGAAUUUAAAGAUGAACUUGAGUAUGAGAAUUAUGAUCCUAAAAUAGGGUUCAUCGUUGAUAGUAUGUUGUUUCGAGAAAACACAGACUCUAUCGUCAUUUGCAAUUUAACGACAUCGGAUAAUAAAACGGAACAAAAAUACCUAUUUGUAUUGAAACGUACAUCAUUGAAAGUGUCGAAGCCUAAAGUUACGGCAGUAACAAAAUACUUUUCAGAUGGCGACACGUUUUCUCUCCAUUGCUUUACCAAUUAUCAAAAAAAUCUACCUGUAGAUUUAAAAUGGAGUUAUCCUUCUAAUCUAACGUCAAAAAAGGCUAUUAUUUCAACAAAUGAGCUAGAUGUGGAAGAGAAUGGACUACAUUAUAACGACGUGACUAUCUCAAACGCUACCAGGGAUGAUGCCGGCGAUUACGCUUGCAUUGCCGAAAUGAAUGAUAAUAGCGAAAGGAAAACUUAUCGAAUGAUAUACAUAGAUAAGCCGUUUAUACAUUUGAAGCAGCCGCCAAGCGUCAGGCUGGACAUGGACGGUCAUAUCACAGCAAGAAGUAAAACUAAUAUGAGGCUUGCUAUCAAUAUUGAUGCAUAUCCCACACCAAAGAAUACAUUCUUACGAAAUGGAAAUGUAAUGAUGAUAGAUCCUCCGAAAUAUAAUGUCAGUAAUAACUUUAUGGGAGAUAUAAUAUUGACAAUCCAAGAUUUGACCGUAAGGGACUCUGCUAAUUAUACUUUAGUCGCUGACAAUGGCGCUGUGAAAAAAACGUUUACUUACGAUUUUAGGGUAUUUUCUCCUCCAGAAGUAAAUAUAAAAUCAAGCAAGAUAAUUAGACGCGAUAUAAAUCAGACGAUCACAUUGAAUUGCAGCGUGACUGGAUAUCCAUUACCGAAUGUUCGAUGGUUCUUCAACUCGACCGGGUUUGAAGAAACGGAGGUGAAAGAGUCUGAACACACCAUACCUUCUGUGUAUGAAGUACAUUCCUCAAUAGUUUUACCAGUGCACAAGUCAGGUGAAAUCACAUGUGUAGCAUCAAACAAGAUAGACACUGACAGCGACAGUAGGCAGUUGUAUGUGUAUGAGAUCAGGAAUGGUUUUGGUAUCCAAGAUACUCCUGAUUGGUAUCCUGAAAAUGAUAAUGUUACCUUAAAAUGUUUGGCCUCUUUGUAUGAUUACAAAAAUGUAACUUGGCUAAGUGGGAAUAGAUAUAGCACCGAUACUGUGAAAUAUUUUGACAGCCCAUUCUCUCACAUGGCCGUGUUAAAAAUAGUUCGUGUUCCACAACACAAAGCUGGAAAUUACACUUGUGUAGGAACUAGGAACGAUGGUGAAAAUGAGAGUCGAUCUAUACACAUUCAAGUUGAAGUGAAUCGCAUUCCUAUCAUAACUGAGCCUUUAGAGGAAAAUUUGGAAGUGUCCAUCUAUCAAAACGUGCAGUUCAGUUGUGAGGCAGACGCCGUGCCUCCCCCUGACAUCAGAUGGUAUAAGGAUGGAAAUGAAGUAGUGAACGGCACUGACGGUCUAGAGAUAAAAGAAACAUCAGACCGCACCGUGCUGAAUUCUACCAUUAUUAUUAGAGACAUGAAAGAGGAAAACAAAGGGAAAUAUGAAUGUGUUGCCAACAACACGUUGAGCUCUGAGAGCAAAUUCAUUAACCUUCUCGUACCAGCAAAACCAAAUAUAGCUAUUUAUUUAGGUAUUUUCGGCGCAAUAUUUUUCGGCCUCACUCUGUUGGUCAUAUAUUUGACGUGGAAAGUGAAGAAGGAGAAGCGGUUCAGAAAGGAGCUGGCGAAGGCUGGACUUCUGUACUUCAAGGAGGGUAUUCCUAAAUCUCUCAAUCCUGACUUGAAUAUAGAUGAGCAAGCCGAAUUGCUGCCGUAUGACGAAAGAUUUGAGUUCCCCGCUGAAAAACUUUUCUUAGGCAAGCAAUUGGGGGCGGGUGCGUUCGGCGUUGUCUACAAAGCAGAAGCUCGAGGCAUCGUCAAUGCGGAGGAGACCACGACUGUCGCAGUUAAGACUGUCAAGAAGACCGCAGACAACAUGUACAUCAAGGCGUUGGCUUCCGAGCUCAAAAUCAUGGUGCAUUUGGGCAAACACGUCAACAUUGUCAACUUGCUUGGGGCUUGCACCAAGAAUAUUGGAAAACGAGAAUUGAUGGUGAUAGUGGAGUAUUGUCGUUUUGGCAAUAUACACAACUAUCUGAUUAGGCACAGGGAGGUGUUUAUCAACCAACUUACCACAGAUUGUAAAGAAAAGCCCCUCGGUCGUGUCAACAGAGGAUAUUCUUGCAGCAGCGCCGAAAGCGGAAUGCAAUCGGAUUACGGCGGGUCUAACCACACUCAGGGAACUGAACAUACUUUUUUGAACACAGCUAAUUCUACUAGAAAAGAUAAACCCAAUCAGCAAAUGGAGUUAACGCAAGUGUCGGAAGGAUACGUGCAGCCGGAGUGGCGCACCAACUACGAGAGUGACUACCAGAGCGCGGCACCGCGGCCGCUUUUCUCCCGCGACCUGCUCGCAUGGGCCUUCCAGAUUGCGAGGGGCAUGGAGUACCUCGCUAGUAGGAAGGUUCUUCAUGGAGACUUGGCAGCUCGAAAUAUUGUUCUGGCCGACGACAACAUUGUGAAAAUAUGUGACUUUGGUCUAGCUAGAAGUAUUUAUAAAAACGACGAAUAUAAGAAGAAAAGCGAUAGCCUACUGCCCGUGAAGUGGCUGGCGAUAGAAUGCCUGAACGACCGGAUCUUCUCGACGCAGUCGGACGUGUGGUCGUUCGGCAUCGUGCUGUGGGAGCUGUUCAGCCUCGCCAGGACUCCCUACCCCAGCAUUCCUUCCCCGCAGGACUUGCUACCAUUCCUCAAUAGCGGACGCCGUUUAGAGAAACCCAUGUAUGCAGACGAGCGGCUAUAUAACGUGAUGCUACAGUGCUGGGAGCACAAGCCGACCAUGCGACCGAACUUUACGCAGCUGCAGGAGACGUUGGGAUCCUUCCUCGAAGACAACGUGCGGAAUCAUUACGUGGAUUUGAAUUCGACAUACAUGGAUCUGAACGCAAAGAACGCGGGCCAGGAAGAUUACUUGGACAUGAUGAAUGCCCCCGACUAUCUGAACCAGGUGACCCCGAGUCCGCAUCACUAUCAAAAUGGCCCCAAUGAAAUCGGACAAAGCUUCUUCCCACCAUCUCCGGGGACAUUACCUCAAGCUAAAGGAGAACCAGAAGAAAAUGAUCAAGAUGGUUACUUACAAAUGACGCCAGUGAACAAAUCUCUUUCUCCGAUGUCGGAAUCGAAUAAGUUUGAUUUUGAUGCGCGGAAAGUUAACAGAAAUUCGCCUCUGGAUUCGAUGUCGUACGGUUCAGAGUCGACGCCGAUGCUGACUCUUAACAACCUUCCAGCCAGGAGUGGCUCGGAGUCCGACCUCGAUGGCGGACAUUCCCCGUACCUUACCAUGUGUCCUCGCAUCGACGAAGAAGCGGACGAAGUAUUCGACACAAAUACCAAUAACGCAAAAAACGCGUUGAACCACAACGGAGCCGUCACGAACCCCACGUACAUCACGUUCGGUUUGGACGAUGAAAAGAAAUCUCAGAACACGUACAUCAACGUACCCAAUGGUCUAGUCAAAUAAGAAUUUUGUACUCACAUUUAUAUUGUCUAAUAGAAUUUUAAUUUAAUAUAAUCGAUGAUUUUAGAUCUCCAGUAGUUAUAUACAUCUUGUAAUAAUGUAGGCCCCGAGCGAGCGAAAAAUUGAACAUUUUUUUACAUUUACUGUUGUAAUUACGUCACUGUUUGUUCUUUCCUAUCCAUCUCUUAACUUAAAUUUUAUUACCUUUAUAUUCCUAUCAAUUCGUGUUAUUUCCUUUUUAUUUCAUUCCAGUUUUGUUAUGCCACUUGUGUACAUAUGCUAAAAAUAUAUAUUUUAAUAGAUACCAGAAGGGUACAUGGUUUUAUAUAAACGGUAUGAAGAUAUUAUAUUAAAUGUUAUUUCUCUGAAAUUUUAUAAUUUCUUCCAGUUAGUACUAUACAGAGUGAUAAUUAAAUAUAGCGUUGGAAUGUGGAAGAGUAGAUGUUUGAAGCUGUAGACGGGUGGUGAUGUGAUAUUUUGAUAUAGACUUAGUUGGAAAUGGGCUUCUUUUAGUUUUGGAUAAACUUGUGUGGUUGAGUUUUUUACUCUUAAGUGUAUCUAUAUUAAUAGCUCUUUAUUGUUUUUUUGAAACUAAUAAAAUAUACAACGUUGCUGAACUAUUACCACUACAGGUAAACUGACGCAAAGUUUACUUUAAUUUAAAUUUCAGUGGCUUAAUUAAUAAUUGCGACCAAUGAAAUAAAAUUUGUUGAUUUUAUAAUAUGUAGCCUUGAUAUGCUAUUUUUGUAUACCAUAUUUGGCAGGACUCUAAUCUUAAAAAAGACUAAAGUGAGCUUCCGCUGAUGGAUGUAACAAAACCUUGAUUCAUUGAAUCAUUUAUUUUGUAUUAUGAAUCAUACCUAUUACUUAGUUAGAUUUUAUAUUUAAAGUUGAGGUAAAUUACAUGUUUCAAAUAUAUAUUAUGUAUGUUGUAUCCCGCGAAUGUAGAAUAUUUGAGAAAUGUAAUGAAUAUUUUUACAUUAGGUUUUAAUGAGUAACCCAUCGAUGCUAAGGUACAUAAAAAUAUGUGUGCAACUAUUUAAUAUGCUAGUUACUUUUAAGGUUGUUGGUUUUAUCACUGUGUCUAGUCUCUGAAUGAAAGCAAAUAUGGGGUACCAGAUACUGCUGUUAUACGGGAAAAAGACGCAACUGAAAAAAUCUUUUCCAGAAUUCCGAACCAGGAAAACCGAAAAGAAGACGUUCCAAAUAUGUAAAAAAUCAGAUGCAUCUUUUUCUAUAUAAUGGCAGUAAUAAGAUUAAUUUGAAUGUUUUGGUUUUGCAAAAUUUUAUUUGGUCCAGGUCGCUGUACACUGUACUGUACAUAGAAAUAAGUUGUUGCAUUUAUUACAAAAACAAAUGUAAAAUUAUGGCAUAGCUUAUGAGCUGUUCUGUAUUACAACCUAAAAAAUUACAUUAAAAGCAAAAUUUAUAUAAAAGAUAUUUUUUUAAAUUAACGAAUUGCAUUUUUAUUAUUCAAUUAAUACUUAGUUUGGUUUUCGUAGAAAAAAUAAUUGUGAUUACAUGCUUAAGCUUUUACGGACCUGUAUUAUGAGUUGUCAUUUAAAAUCAUCGUAUAUUUUGUAUUUAUAAUUUGUCUUUGCAUAUACAAUACAUAUACUGAGUUUCUUUGUUAUAUAUUUAUUUUGCAAAGGAGGCUUGACUUCGGAUUUAAACCAUUUUUAUUAUUUGUUUCAAUUCAUGAAAAAUAUUGAAUUCUUAUCGAAUAUACAAACGAUGCCAUAGUAAAUAUUAAUAAAAAGUUACAUACACUGA